UAAUGAUUAUUAUCUAUUACGAUAUUGCAGUUCAUAAAUAGUUGAAAAACCAAGCAAAGCCGUCUGAUUUUCUCUAUCUUCAACCAACGAGCUUCGUUGAGUUCUGCUCGGAAAAGCUCCCCCUUUUCGGCUCGUCUUCGUAAGGGAAAAAAAAAUGGCAAAGAGUUACUUCAAGCAAGAGCAUGAUCUUGAGAAGAGACGCGCGGAGGCUGCUAGGAUCAGGGAGAAAUACCCUGAUAGGAUUCCGGUUAUUGUGGAGAAGGCAGAGAGAAGUGAUAUCCCAAGCAUCGAUAAGAAAAAGUACCUUGUUCCAGCUGACCUGACGGUGGGACAAUUUGUCUAUGUCAUCCGCAAAAGGAUUAAACUGAGUGCUGAAAAGGCAAUCUUUAUAUUUGUGGACAAUGUCCUUCCACCGACGGGUGCUAUCAUGUCUGCCAUAUACGAGGAGAAGAAGGAUGAAGAUGGGUUUCUGUAUGUUACUUACAGUGGUGAAAACACAUUUGGGCAUCAGAUUCCACUGUAGUCUUUGAUUUUUCUAAUUGCCGCCUUCUUUCUUUACAUCUUCACCGUAUUUGAUUUGCUUGUUGCCGUCACCGUUGCCUCGUGCAGGAUAAUUUGGUUAUUGUGCCUAUAUCCAAAAACCUACCUGUGGUUUUAUGCAAAGGUAUAUAUUUGUACAGGUUAAAACUCUUAAGAACCAGGUGAAUGUUAAAUUUCCUGCCUUUUUUAACAA